CACUGAUGAAUUCAAUGGCAAAUGCAAACAACAACCCAAGGCAUGUCACUGGAUGCGUCAUGUUACUCUUGUAAACUCCUCCGACCAUCCAACAAAGAAGGCUUCCCAAGGUUUAUGAAAUGGAACCUUGGCAAAAUGUACUCCAAGUGGAAACACAUCAGCCUUGCUCACUUUGAAAAGGUUAACCAAAGUGCUUUAACCCCAACUGAACAAGAAAUACAGUUAUUGCAUAUCAAUCAAAGCACAUCAACAGACUCUUCAGCAAAGAAACAAGACCACAAAAAGGACAAUAAGCAAAAAAAGAAAACAAAAGCAACAAAAAAAAGAACACUUCUAGACAGUGAUGAGGAUGACUUUCUCGAAGAAGAACAUCAUUCAGAAUCAAAAUCACAAUCAGAAAAAGAAGCACAACAAAAAAAAAAAGAAAAGAAAGCAAAAACCACAACAAGAACCAGAAAGUGAUGAACAA